GAGGAAGAGGGGCAGGCUCGGAGAGGCCAUGUGAUGCUGGGCGCCAGCGAGCCGCUGCCGAGCCGCCUCCUUCCUCCUCCGAUCGCGGGCUGUCAUGGCGACCCCCAACAAUCUGACCCCCACCAACUGCAGCUGGUGGCCCAUCUCAGCGCUGGAAAGCGAUGCAGCCAAGCCGGUGGAGGCCCCCGACGCGCCCGAGGCAUCCAGCCCCGCCCAUUGGCCCAAGGAGAGCCUGGUUCUGUACCACUGGACCCAGUCCUUCAGUUCGCAGAAGGUGCGGCUGGUGAUCGCAGAGAAGGGCCUGGCCUGUGAAGAGAGGGAUGUGAGCCUGCCGCAGAGCGAGCACAAGGAGCCCUGGUUCAUGCGGCUCAACCUGGGUGAGGAGGUGCCAGUCAUUAUCCACCGAGACAACAUUAUCAGUGACUACGACCAGAUCAUUGACUACGUGGAACGCACCUUCACAGGAGAGCAUGUGGUGGCCCUGAUGCCUGAGGCAGGCAGCCCACAACACGCCCGAGUGCUGCAAUACCGGGAACUGCUGGAUGCCCUGCCCAUGGACGCCUACACACACGGCUGCAUCCUGCAUCCUGAGCUCACCACGGAUUCCAUGAUCCCCAAGUACGCCACGGCUGAGAUCCGCAGACAUUUGGCCAAUGCCACCACAGACCUCAUGAAACUGGACCAUGAAGAGGAACCACAGCUCUCUGAGCCCUACCUUUCAAAGCAGAAGAAGCUUAUGGCCAAGAUCUUGGAGCACGAUGAUGUGAGCUACCUGAAGAAGAUCCUUGGGGAGCUGGCUAUGGUGCUUGACCAGAUUGAGGCAGAGCUGGAGAAGAGGAAACUCGAGAAUGAGGGGCAGAAAUGUGAGCUGUGGCUCUGUGGCUGUGCCUUCACCCUGGCGGAUGUCCUCCUGGGAGCCACGCUGCACCGCCUCAAGUUCCUGGGACUGUCCAAGAAAUACUGGGAGGAUGGCAGCCGGCCCAACCUGCAGUCCUUCUUUGAGAGGGUCCAGAGACGCUUCGCCUUCCGGAAAGUCCUGGGGGACAUCCACACCACGCUGCUGUCAGCCGUCAUCCCCAACGCGUUCCGACUGGUCAAGCGGAAGCCGCCGUCGUUCUUUGGGGCAUCCUUCCUCAUGGGCUCCUUGGGUGGGAUGGGCUACUUUGCCUACUGGUACCUCAAGAAAAAAUACAUCUAGAGCUGGGCUGGGGCCUGGUGUGUGACUGGCGGUGUCUCUGUGCUGUGUGCUUCCCAACUCCCUCUCAGUAACUCACUGUCCCAUGAGCACUGGACAGAACUUCCUGCCCCUUCUUCCCAGUAAUUCUAUUGUCAGUGUGACGACAUUUCAUAGUUUAGAAGUAGACAUUGCCAACGCCGUGAUUUGAGGCCACGGCUCUACCAGAGGAGAGAGAGAGAAAAAGCGAGAGAAAAGAAACCCGAAUGCCUUUGCUUCUGAUUCAAGGUCUCAAGACGUUACUGUGGGGACUGGUUAGGAUCUGAGGUGAGUCCCAGGACGUUCCACCCAGCAGGGCCCAGGUUCUGGGAGGUGCUGGGGACUCAGAGAGCCUGACCCCAGCCUCCCCUUCCCUCUUGGCAGGGACCUCGUCUAUAGGACAAAGCCAACACCGAGACCCAACUCAUCUAACCAGUACCUCUGUCUGGGACUGGAGAGCCAGAGUCCCUGUGGAGGCCUCUGAAGAUCGAAAGGGGUCUCAUUCUUCUCCUGGACAAGGACUGAGACAGCACUGGCUCAAGCCAAGCAGUGGCACCCCCAAACCCACCCAUGGCUCGGACCAACUAAUCCCAUGGGCACCCCUCCACCCCCUUCCCUUUCUCAUUGGCCAGCUGGUGCAGUCUGGCACUUCAGAAAUCCCAAAGGGCAGCCGCCACCAGCCACUCCUACCUUGAGUUGAGUUCCCACCCUUCCAGGUGGGACUUUUCAGCAAAAGCCAUGUUGGCCUUCCCUCUGAAGGUCAGUCUCAGCUCAUGAGCAGGGGUGCAUCCCUCGCCACCUCCACCUUUCCAUGUUUCCCAGAGACUCCCCAUACUGCAUGCAGUGGGGUCUCUCCUCCACACUGCCCCCUCUGGUCUCACUUUCCUGUGCCUUUUGCAUGUUGGGAAAGAGUCUGGGUGUCAGUGCCGCUCACGCUUAGAGCCUCCAAUAAAGCAUCCAGGAAGAGCAAUCGCUUUUCAUUUCUAAA